AGAGUUGUUAGAAGCUGGCAGUGUACCGGCAGCGCAUGCAGCAACACCGCUGCACCUUUGUGCAUCGGCUAAGGCACGCGUCUUACACGGCUGCCGACGACGACAUGUGUGGCACAGCGCGCAAACAUCACGGGAAUUUGUUUGGAAAAUGUGAGCAUUUCCUUGUACGGCCGCGCUGGCGGCUGGCAUUUGGAAAAAUUCACGUUACACGCGCGAAGACGCUGCGAAAGUGUCAAAUGCGUUGUGGUCCAACAUCUGAUGUGUGCCACGGCGAACGUGAAGCUGCGUUAGGCAAUCCUAAAUGCUACCGUAUGAUCCUUAAGAGUUCCGCAUACGAAGGCUAACAAUACGACGGGGAAAGCAUGUAUGAGCGCAAAGUUCACGAACACUUGUUGCUUUGUCUCAAAGCUCGUCGGCACACACUCGUCGGCACAUGCUCGUCGCGUGUCAUAGACGAAGCUUGAAUGCCUUCGAAACUUUCUAUACGAUAGUGUGCAGUGUUGUUGUUAUUGCUGUUAUUGCUACGAAUGACUGUGGCUCGCAGGCUGGCAGCGAAGGUUGCAUACGACGCAAAUAAGCUUCGCUCCAACCGUUGGCCAACGCAACGAAGUGGCGGCAAUGAGGACCAACACGAACGUGUCCCUGAGGCAGCUGCUGUAUAAAAAGGCUGCUCAUUGCUGGUAACGGGCAUAUGUUCGUCGCGCUUCGAAGCUGAAAUAUCUCAGUGUAAAUUGCGGAAUAUACUUGAGAAAAGCAAAACCGUUGAUAUUUAAAACUGAAAACCAAUUUUCUUUACCAAAUUAUAAAUCAAAGCAAGAAUUUGGCAAAAAGUGCAAGUGUCAACCAUAACUAAAAAAAAACUCUCUAAGCAUAUUUGGAUUAAAAAUACAUGCGCUAAAACUUUUAAAGCCAAGAAAUAAAGUGUUUGAGAAUUUUGUUGCUAACAACAAAGUUUCUAACUAAGAAAGCUAAAGAACUGUUGAAAUCUCUAAGAACAAAGUUUCUAACUAACAAAGACAAAGAACUGUUGAAAUCUCUAAGAACAAGGUUUCUAACUAACAAAGACAAAAAACUGUUAAAAUUUCUAAAAAAAAAUCAAGUCAAAGUGUCACAAGCUAAACGCCAACAAACCCAAAAUGGAUAAUUUAACGCCGCAAAAAUUCAACAAACCCACAACAUCAUCUUCCAGCAGCACAUCCAACUCAUCGGUGUUCGUCGCUAAAAACACAACAGCCUCACCCGUGCAUGUCGCACACAAAUCCGUUUCCUACUCAUCCACAUCCUCGUCGAGCGACAGCAAAAUGUCCAAAACAAAAUUAACACGCGAUCCGAAGACAACGCGCGGUAUUCUCAAUUGCAUCGGCAAGCAUUUAGGUUGCCACUUUCUACAGCAAAAUCCACGCCAUUUACCACAACAGCAACUGCAGCGUUACAUCUACAACAGUCAAGAUGAUUUGCCCAGCUCUUCGACAGACUCAUUCUCGCUCAGCUAUGAACGCGGCUCACACACGGGCUUUCACCUCACCGGCUCCAGCAUCGAUCUCACUUGCGGUGAUCUCAACGACUACGCAACACAACCGAAAACCCAGAAACAUCACCAGCAACAUGCCUCACACAACACACUCUCCUCGUCGGCGUACAGCGGUUCCUCGUGUUCACCAGCUUUCUGCUCGUUCGACGUUGAUUGUUUGGUGGACAUCUACAAUGCUGACGGUGACGCAGAUGGCGAAGAAGAAGUAUCUGUCUCGCUGAAAAUGUACCACGAGCAGCAGCAGCAGCAACAGCACAACAACCACGCCAAUAACAAUGUGGCGCAUAGCUGCAGUUCCGGUCACAAUACGGAUACAAAUAGCAGUGAUGACGAUGAUGAAUGCUCCACACAUGAGGAGUGCUGUGAACAAAAGCAGAAGCGUAAAUGUUUGAAGCAUGAAGCACCAGCGCAUCAGCAGCGUCAUGAGCAACAACAAAAAGAGCACCCAGCAACACAACACAAGCGUCUGCAUCUAAGUCGGCUGUCGAUUGCCUCGUCGGUGACACGCAUGUUGAACCAUUUCGCCAGCAGCACGUCGAUGAGGUCGUUGUCGUGCAGCAGCACACCGUUGCGCUGCUUCAAGGAUGCCAAACCGAAGGAGGCUGAUGACGCAGCCGGACAUUUGAAUGCCCGGAAUGCUAAGCAUGAGCACAAGAAGCACAGCUUGCCGAAUACGUCGUCAUCGUCGGCAUCGUCCAGCGGCAGCCGCAGCAGCAGCAGUGGCAGCAGCAGCAGCGGCGGCGGUGGCGGUAAGAGCAGCAACAGCGCGAGCGGCAAGAAGAAGGAUAAGAAGCAGCAGAGCAUACUGCGGCCGCCAGUGCAUUAUGUCUACAUGAAGGGCAUGUCCGGCCUCUACUCGCGUGUGCCGCGCUACACCGUCUGCUCGCCAUAUGCAAUGCAUUAAGGCGGUGUCGUUGGGUUGGCAUUAGUUAUGCGUAUGCAAAUGUGUGCACCAUGUACAUGAAAUAUGCAUACAUACAUACACUAUGUAUACAAAAACACAGACGUAUCGAAAAAGAGGCUGACUAUCUAAGUAUCAUAGUUCGUAGAGAUUUGUAGCUUUGGAGAAGUCGAACUUUUUUUUUCCAAAUAAUAACUGCAAAAGACUUGUAACUCAUAACAGAAUAUAAUAAUACCGUUAAGUGUAUAUAAGUGAUUAGUUUAACCCGUAGUUACUUGUAAGCGCCUAAGUAUAAGCUCGAAGGAAUAAGGUUUGGUUUAUGAAACCAAAGACAUAAUAAUGGAAAUCGCAGUGCCUCGAGUCUCAAGAUUUGAAAUGUAUGAAGCAUGUAAAACAUAAAAUGUAUUGUAUAUAAAUGUACACCAAACACCUAGUGGGUGUAUUGUAGUCUGUUAAGUAAACUCAAUGUAAAACUUUGCAAAAUUUCUUCCAUUCAAAGCUGCAUAUUUUUUUCUAAAAGAAAGCGGAAAACGAAAUUAAAUUAAAACUAAAAAAACACUUUAUUGAAAAAGCACUGAAAAGUUCAAAGAUUUCUUCCAUUACUACAAGGAAAAGUAUUCAACUAUCAAAUAGUUUAAAAAUCGAUGUAUAUUCAAUUAUUCUAAAUAAUUUUAAAUUAUAUUUAAUUAAUUAUUUCUAAAUAGAUAAUAAAAACGUAGACAAAUUUUUAGUAUAAGUAAAUUUAAAUAAUUACACCAUUUA